AUGUAUUCCAUGUACGGGGCUAGGUGUUGUGGAGAGAACGAAGAAAGAAAGGAGUACAGCAGUAGGAGUUGGAAAAGGGGAGAAAGAGAAGACCGGCGGGACCGAUGGCACACCAGUCACUGGAGAGGAGCCACUAAGCAACCAAUCACAAAGGAUGAACUGUCGAAGGCGGAUGCAUUCUUGGUGGUGUUUUCUGUUGUCGAUAAAGCUACAUUCAGUCGCGCUGAGCAAUUUCUAAAUGUUCUGCAAGAUAUGGAACUCCUACGUACUCGUCCUACAAUUUUAGUUGCCAAUAAAAUUGUUAGAUCACGUGCGGUUUCAACUCAAGAUGGCAAAUGUCUAGCAUGUAUGUAUAGUAUUAAGUUCAUUGAAGUUUCAGAAGCAAUCAAUCACAACGUAGAUGAACUAUUGGCAGGCGUGUUAUCACAAAUUCGACUGAAGAAAGCACAUUGUACCAUACAGGGACAUGUAGAGCCAACCUCGGCGCAUUGGUAUAAAAAUCGCAGCGUUGUACGUGCCUCCAUGAAGGCUCACCAAAUGAUCACCUGGAUAUUCGGAACAGAAGAUUCCAAGUUCAAAAACUGCGAAAACUUGCAAAUACUUUAAGCAAUUUAACUAUUGGAAUUGGUGACAAAGCUAUGCUGAAUGCUUCCUUAAUGCAAAUAGCAUGACUAUCGUUGCU